GUGAGAUAAUAAAUACAUAAAUUAACAAACAAGGCAAGUCCACCGAAACGCCACCAUCCACCUCCUCAGUUUCAAGCAUCGUCGGUGGUGAACGGUGGAUCACUGGGAGGAAGAACGACACUGUUAUUGAAUGGCCCAUAAAUUGAGAGGCGAAAUAGUUGGCUGAAAAACUGGGGUCCUUAGCGAGGAAUAUAGUCCUUCGCUGGAAGAGAGAAGGACGCGUUGUUGGUCGAGCAUCAUCCACAGCGAACCAUCAUUUUAUAAGGAGGAGACCAUCCAAACCGUUACAUGGAUUUUUAAGGGCAGUCUGGAAUACCACGACUGGUUGUGCUUUGGGGGGGACCAUUUUUGACGUUUGAUUCGUGAGGUUUGACGCCACGGAGAGAAGAUGUCGGGGCAGACGCUGACGGACCGCAUUGCCGCGGCGCAAUACAGCUUAACGGGAUCGGAGGUUGCUCGAGCUGUUUGCAAAGCCACCACUCAUGAGCAGACAGCACCCAAGAAAAAACACCUGGAAUACCUGAUUGAGGCCACCAAGGAGUCUAAUGUGAACAUCCCACAGAUGGCGGACACGUUGUUUGAGAGGGCCACCAAUGCCAGCUGGGUGGUGGUGUUCAAGGCCCUGAUCACUACACAUCACAUGAUGGUCGCUGGCAAUGAGAGGUUCCUCCAGUUCCUUGCCUCCAGGAACACCCUCUUCAACCUCAGUAACUUUCUCGACAAAACUGGCUCCCAUGGCUACGACAUGUCCACGUUUAUCAGACGCUACAGCCGGUACCUCAACGAGAAGGCGUUCGCCUACAGACAGAUGUCCUUCGACUUUGGCAGAGUGAAGAAGGGAGCUGAGGGGGUGAUGAGGACAAUGCCCGUAGAGAAGCUGUUGAAAGGAAUGCCCACUCUGCAGAGCCAGAUAGACGCCCUGCUGGAGUUUGAUGUCCAUCCCAAUGAACUGACCAAUGGGGUGAUCAACGCGUGCUUCCUCCUGAUGUUCAAAGACCUGAUCAAGUUAUAUGCCUGCUACAAUGACGGGAUCAUUAAUGUAUUAGAGAAAUUUUUCCAGAUGAAGAGAGGACAGUGCAAAGACGGGCUGGAGAUCUACAAGAGAUUCUUGACACGGAUGACCAGGGUUUCUGAGGUCUUCAAAAUUGCUGAGACCAUAGGAAUUGACAAAAAUGAUAUCCCGGAGCUCACUCAGGCCCCUGAGAGUCUCCUGCAGUCCCUGGAGACUCACCUAAACACUCUGGAGGGGAAGAAGCCAGAGGAUGUUCACAGAGACGAUGUGUGAGUAUUUUGCUGGAUCUC